UCCCCCUACCACUACUAUAAAUAGACAUCAGUGACAAGUCGUUGGUACCACACAGCUAAGAUAACAAAACAGACAACUCAAUCAUACAUCUCAUUCUUGUCCCUAGAUUAUCUGUUACUCAUGUCUAACACUGUUGAUCAAGUCAUCAAGUGCAGAGCUGCGAUUGCAUGGGAGGCUGGGAAGCCACUGGUGAUUGAAGAAGUAGAGGUGGCGCCACCGCAGGCCGGUGAAGUUCGUCUCAAGAUACUCUUCACCUCCCUUUGCCAUACUGAUGUUUACUUCUGGGAAGCUAAGGGUCAGACUCCAUUGUUUCCUCGUAUAUUUGGUCAUGAAGCUGGAGGGAUUGUGGAGAGUGUAGGUGAGGGUGUGACUCAUCUGAAACCAGGAGAUCAAGCACUGCCUGUGUUCACAGGGGAGUGUGGGGAUUGUCCACAUUGUAAUUCAGAGGAGAGCAACCUGUGUGAUCUUCUGAGAAUCAACACUGACAGAGGUGUCAUGAUCAAUGACAACAAAUCUAGAUUUACUAUCAAGGGACAGCCCAUCCACCAUUUCCUCGGUACUUCGACAUUCAGCGAGUACACUGUGGUUCAUGCUGGAUGUGUUGCAAAGAUCAACCCUGAUGCACCACUUGACAAAGUUUGCAUACUCAGUUGUGGAAUUUGCACUGGUUUUGGUGCUACUGUGAAUGUUGCAAAACCAAAACCUGGCUCUGCAGUCGCGAUCUUUGGACUUGGAGCUGUUGGCCUUGCUGCUGCUGAAGGGGCAAGGAUCUCUGGUGCAUCAAGAAUCAUUGGAGUUGAUUUAGUUUCUAGCCGAUUUGAAUUAGCUAAGAAGUUUGGGGUAACUGAUUUCAUAAACCCAAAAGAUCACGACAAACCUGUGCAAGAAGUAAUUGCUGAAAUGACCAAUGGGGGCGUGGAUCGUGCCGUUGAAUGUACUGGUAGCAUCCAAGCUAUGAUCUCCGCAUUUGAAUGUGUCCAUGAUGGUUGGGGUGUUGCUGUACUAGUUGGAGUUCCAAACAAAGAUGAUGCCUUCAAAACUCAUCCUUUGAAUUUCUUGACUGAGAGGACUCUUAAGGGGACCUUCUACGGAAAUUACAAACCUCGCACUGAUCUUCCUAAUGUUGUUGAGAAGUACAUGAAAGGAGAGCUGGAACUGGAGAAAUUCAUUACUCACAGAAUACCAUUUUCAGAGAUUAACAAAGCUUUUGAUUAUAUGCUCAAAGGGGAGUCUAUCAGAUGUAUCAUCAAUAUGGAGGAGUAAAACUCUAUAAAAUUAAUGUAAUAGUCCCUACUGGGGGACUGAGCACUUUCUAGUUUUAUAAUAAUAAACUUAAUAAUAAUAAAUAAUCCUGUUUGGGUUAUUGAGUUUGUGAGGAUUGGUGAAGUUUUACUAAGUAAUCCUGUUUGUUAUUGAAAUCUUUGAUCUCUAAGUAUCAAAAUAAAUAGCUUAAAGUUGUUGA